GGAUAUCCUUGGUGGCCAGGAAUAGUAAUAAUAAAAAAAGUAAAUAUAUUAAAAAAUAAUUAAGGUUACUUAAAUAUAAUUGGAUAACGAGAAUAAUUAUAUAUAUCAGAUAAACUUCAUUGGGCAUAAUUCUUAUGCAUUUUUAAAAGAAGAUAAAUUAUAAAUAUAUAGUAAAAAGCCAAUAGACUAGAAAUAUAAAAAGAAUAAAACAUAUAUAAAAUCUUUACAAAUUGCAAAUGAAAUUUCGGAAGGGAAAUAUACAUAUGAAGAAAAUUAAAAAUUUAAUUUAUUAAAUAAUGAUAAUUAUUAAGAAAUUUAAGAAAAUAUUCAUAAUAAUAGCUUUACUACAUAAUCUAAUAAUAUAAAAAAUACCUUAAAUUCAUCUACUAGUAUGAUUACGCGUAUAAUGGACAGUUUUGAGCAUUUAUCACACCAUGAGGAAAUUUUAGAAGAGCAAAUAAUUGAAGAAAAGAAGGGAAAUUUAUAAAAGAAAAAACUUAUAUAGAAAAAAAAAUUAAAAAUCAAAUCAAAUUAAGAAAAAAACUAAAAAUUUCAGUAUAUUGUCACCUCCUUCGAAUUUUAUUUAAUAUAAUUAAAAAUAAAAUAUUGAAAUGGAUUAAAUAAAAAUUAAUUUAGAAUAAUAAUCAAUUAAUAUUGAUUUAGAAUAAGACUUUAAUUUACUUUUUUCGGCUUUAAUUAAUUAAAAUAGUAAUUUAAAUACUAUUAAUGCAAUCGAAAAGAUUAUUAACAAAAUCAAUUAAUUUUAAAUAAAUGAAAAUAAUAUUCUCGAUGCACUUAGUUAAGAUAAUGGAAAGUUAUUAAUGUGUGCUUUAUAAUUAUUAAAAGAAAAUUAAAAUGUUAAUAAUGUAAAAAUUAAUGAAUUGGCAUAUUAAUUAGAAAUGAUUAUAAAAAGAAUGUAGAAAUAACUUUAUAAAAAAUUUUUUAAUACGGAUGAUAAAUUAAAUAAUAUUAAAGAUAUAAUGAAAUUUU